GGUGGUCCCCCAUCAGUGCCCUUACACUGCUGUACCCACCCUAUGCCCAAGACCCUCAUUUUCCCCCAUCUCAUUAUCUCAGGCACCUCAUUCCCCUCAUACCCCAUUCCCCAGGACCCCAUUAUCCCCCCUCAGCCCCCAUUCACCCCAGUGCUCCCAUUCAUUCACGUGCUCAUCCCAGCUCUCCCCAUUUCCCCCCAUCCCACUCCCUCAGACACCCUUAUAUCCCCCUUAUAUUCCCCUUAUAUCCCGUUUCCCAGGACCCCAUUAUCCUUUCCUCCUCAGCUCCCAUUCACCCCAGGUCCCCGUUACCCCUCGCACCCCAUUCAGUGCCCUCAUUCACUCACACAUACAUUCACCCCACUUACCCCCCAUUCACCCCACUUCAUCCCAUUCACCCCAGUGACCCCAUCCAUGCCCGUCUUCCCAAUUAAUUCCCCCCAAUUCCCCCAUCCAUUCCCCUCUGUUCCCAGAUUCAUUCCGCCCCGUUCACCCCAUUAAUUCCCCUCAAUCUCUGUUCUUUCCCCCCGGUCCCCAUUCAUUCCUCCCCCCCCGUUCCCUUCCCUCCGCGCCGUUCUUGCAGUGAUCUGGCGCCCCCUACCGACCGACCGCCGCGGCACUACGCGCUCACCUAUUGGCAGCGGCUGCGCCCUCAAGCCCCGCCCCCUCGCCCCCAUUGGCUGCCAUUGGAGGGCUGGGCCCGGUCACUGCGUAGCUCCGCGCCGGGUCCGGCAGGGGGCGCCGUUCCCUCCCGUCCCAGCAUUCCUGGCGCGGCGCGGGGCACGCCGGGAGCUGUGGUCGCAGGGAGCGGCGCCCGGCCCCGCCCCCGGCCCGAACCCGGAAGUGCGCGGGGGCGGAGGAGGUUCUAAGAUGGCGUCGCCUCCUCAGGGGGGCCCGAUGGCGAUCGCCAUGCGGCUACGGAACCAGCUGCAGGCCGUCUACAAGAUGGACCCGCUGCGGAACGAGGAGGAGGUGAAGGUGAAGAUGAAGGAGCUGAACGAGCACAUCGUGUGCUGCCUGUGCGCCGGGUACUUCAUCGACGCCACCACCAUCACCGAGUGCCUGCACACCUUCUGCAAGAGCUGCAUCGUGAAGUACCUGCAGACCAGCAAGUACUGCCCCAUGUGCAACACCAAGAUCCACGAGACGCAGCCGCUGCUCAACCUGAAGCUGGACCGCGUCAUGCAGGACAUCGUGUACAAGCUGGUGCCCGGCCUGCAGGAGAGUGAAGAGAAGAGGAUCCGGGAGUUCUACCAGUCCCGUGGCCUCGACCGGGUGACGCAGCCCAGCGGCGACGACACGGUGGGGGGUGACCCCAUGGGGCUGCCCUACAGCACCUUCGACCAUUCCCGUGCCCACUACUUCCGCUAUGACGAGCACGUCUCGCUGUGCCUGGAGAAGCAGAGCUCCAGCAAGGACAAGAGCAAGGCCGUUCUGCAGCAGAAAUACGUGAGGUGCUCCGUGCGGGCGCAGAUCCGGCACCUGCGGAGGGUCCUGUGCCACCGCCUGGGGCUGCCGCUGCAGCACCCCUGCCCACAGGUGCAGAUCCUGUUCAACGGCGAGGCGCUCCCUGACCACAUGACGAUGAAGCAGCUCUGGCUCUCACGCUGGUUUGGCAAGCCUGCACCGCUCCUGCUGCACUACAGCAUCAAGGACAAGAGGAGGUAGGGGCUGGGGGCGGGUGCUGCCCCCCCCCCCCCGCAGCACAGCCCUGCUCCUGCCCCCCCUUCCCCCUCUUUAACUUAA